CCAUGUUGGCCAUGAUGGUCUCGAUAUCUUAACCUCGUGAUCCGCCACCUCGACCUCUCAAAGGGCUGGGAUUACAGGCGUGAGCCACCGCGCCUGGCCGUAGGUACCAACUCUGGACAAAAUUUAGAUCUGUUAAAUAACACCAGCGAAAAACGCGCUAACCAGAAACGUCACUAAAGAAACCCUCAAUAGCAGAAGUUACAAGUAAUAAUUUUAUACAACAACAACAAAAAAAGAGAGAAACGAAACCCUGGGAGGCGAAUCAUACUGCAAAUCAUAACCCCGCGUAGCAGGGCAGAAAUACAGGCCAACUAGAUAGAGAGGAGGGGGAUGCCUCCAGCCCGGAAAUAAGUGGGUGAUGGAAAUGGUUCUUCUGGCCCUAUUCGUUUACCUUUCUUGUCAGCAGAAAAGUGCUGAGUCUACAAAGUAAAAAACUGAUCACGAUGAAAAUUUCUGCAAAGUAAUUAAAAUGGGAGAAAAAUGGAAAUGACUUAAAUACUCGGUAUAAAAAAUCGACCAAGGAAUAAAAUGGGUUCACGGAUUUGCGUCAGAAAUGUUGCUUCCCUUAUAAUUGGUCAACGUCGGUGAAACUAUGAUUAAAAUGUCAGUAUUCAAACAAGGCCUCCAACACUCCCGUGGCCCAAGGGGGUCUUCGGCUCCCACCCCGGGGCGUGGGCCUGGGGGUCCCUCUUCACUGCGCAGCCACUUCUAGCCCGCCGCUUUCGGGACUCGCAACCUUCUUUUCCCUUCCCUGAGGGCCGGCCAGCACCACAACGGGGCCAAAGGCAGUAACUUGGUUGAAAGGCGCGCCCUGGGACAGGUCUGCGGGCUCCGCUUUGCGCUGCACGCAGCCCGCUGUAGCGGGUGCCAGAGCAGGGUACGCCGGGAGUUAGCAGCCCAGCCAGGCCGCUAGGCUCGGCCGAGGGGCGGGGCCGGCGCAGGGCGCGCAGGCGCACACCGCCUCCCAGGCAGCAUGGCGGACGCAGCUCCUCAACUCGGCAAGAGAAAGCGUGAAUUGGACGUGGAGGAGGCCCACGCCGCCAGCACAGUAGAAAAGGAAGCAGGAGUUGGAAAUGGUACCUGUGCUCCUGUCCGCUUACCAUUCUCCGGCUUCAGAGUGCAGAAAGUGCUGAGGGAGUCUGCGCGGGACAAAAUCAUUUUCCUACACGGGAAGGUGAAUGAGUCCUCUGGGGAUGGGAAUGGAGAGGAUGCCGUUGUGAUCCUGGAGAAGACACCAUUUCAGGUGGAACAGGUGGCUCAGCUCCUGACAGGCAGCCCUGAGCUCCAGUUGCAGUUCUCCAACGAUAUCUACAGCACCUAUCACUUGUUCCCUCCAAGACAACUGAGUGAUGUAAAGACGACCGUGGUUUACCCUGCCACAGAGAAACACCUGCAGAAGUACCUACGCCAGGACCUCCGCCUGAUCCGAGAGACGGGAGAUGACUACAGGAACAUUACUUUACCCCACCUGGAGUCCCAGAGCCUCAGCAUCCAGUGGGUGUAUAACAUUCUCGACAAGAAGGCUGAAGCGGACCGGAUUGUUUUUGAGAACCCAGAUCCCUCUGAUGGUUUUGUCCUCAUCCCUGACCUCAAGUGGAACCAACAGCAGCUCGAUGACCUGUACUUGAUCGCCAUCUGCCAUCGCCGGGGCAUCAGAUCCCUACGCGACCUUACUCCGGAGCACCUGCCGCUGCUCAGGAACAUCCUCCACCAGGGGCAGGAGGCCAUCCUGCAGCGCUACCAGAUGAAGGGAGACCGUCUGCGAGUAUACCUGCACUACCUGCCCUCCUACUACCACCUGCACGUGCACUUCACCGCCCUGGGCUUCGAGGCCCCUGGCUCAGGCGUGGAGCGGGCCCACCUGCUGGCUGAGGUGAUCGAGAACCUGGAGUGUGACCCCAGGCACUACCAGCGGCGCACGCUCACCUUCGCCCUCAGGGCCGACGACCCCCUGCUCAAGCUCUUGCAGGAGGCUCAGCAAAGCUGAAUUAACUCAGGCAGAAGAGCACAGAUGUGUGGGAUUGGGGGAGAAGUGGGGACAAGAUGUUUUAUCUCCAAGUGAAUUUUCUAAAAAUGUAUUUUGUACCGGCUUAUUCCUAGUAGUGAAGAAACCAGUGGGCUCGCUCGGUGUGGACGGCGCGGCCUGGGAGGCAGACAGAUGGUGGCGGAGAGGGGGUGGGUAGAACCUGUGGGAAGGCCUUGAGAAUGGUGGAAAGUCUCCAGGUGGUGGUUUCAGCUGACGGGUGGCAACUGCCCUGGAAGGGUGCCAAAGGCCUUCUCCAAGCCCCAGGGCUCACCGUCCGUGGCGGCCGCCUUGUCCCCACUCUGUGCCUCUCCUGUUUGCACUCCUUAUUCUGCUCCUCCCCCUCCCCCCUCCUCCUUCCUCUGCCACCCACCUCUCCUUUGAGGAGUUCCCCAAAAAACCAAACUUGGAACCUUUCAGGAAAUUAUCUAUAGAGGUUUCUGAUGGCACUUCCUCCUUCCAGCAGUGAGGUCCCACCCCCCUGAGUCAGUCAGCCCUGUUGAUAAACUUCUUGUUGACGAGGAUAGGGGCUUGGUGCCUGGAAAUGGGCGGGUGUUAAUAUGAAUCAGAUUAUGCAAGCCCGAAAAGCCUGCCUUGCUCUGUUAUUUGGUCAGUGAGUCCCCGGCCUUGAGUUUUUAUCUCGGCAGGAAGACAAAACAGACUCACAUGAAGCAGCCAGAAGAUCAAGUGCCAAACAGUGAAUCAGCAAAGGGCAAAUGAUAUGGUUGCAGUUGAAUACAAAAGCCCAGAGGCGGCUCGGGUUCAAUGCCUAUCAGAGGCAGAUGUUCAGAGGAUCUUGAGACCAGGAAGGGACCUCAAAGUGUCAGAGGCUGAAGACCAGUUAGGGAGCCAUCAGGACUUACCUAGGAAGGGUGACACCUGCCACCGCUGAAGCAGAGCAGGGACAUGGCUUGUAUGGGCGGUCACACUAGUAAACACAAGGCUUUCUCUCCAGCACACAGGACCAAGGCAUCAUGCUGCCAGAGGGGCUGGCAUUUGCCACUUUGUCAGAGUAGGGCUGUGGAUUUUGUGCCUUGCUUGGGAAGCUCUCGGGGAUGGCAGGAUGGUAGGCUCUUAAGUGACAGCAGUGGGGAGGCUUGAGGCACAGUGGGUGCUCCUUACUCUCCACCCCUGCCUGAGAACCAGGAAGCCUCAUUCAGAGACUAGCCCCUGCACUGACAGGUGGUAGCGCAGGUGCAGCCAACCUGCUUCAGGGUCUCAGGGCCUGCUGUGGACCCCUGUGGCCCUGGGAGAGACUCCUUAGAAACAGCAGAAUCACCAACAUGGUGAAACCCCAUCUCUACUAAAAAUAGAAAAAAUUAGCCAGGUGUGGUGGUGGGCUUCUGUAGUCCCAGCUACUUGGGAGGCUGAAGCAGGAGAAUCGCUUGAACCCUAGAGGUGGAGGUUGCAGUGAGCCACUGCACUUCAGCCUGGGUGACAGAGCAAGACUCUGUCUCAAAGAAAAAAUAAAAAAAUAAAAAAUAAACAGCCGGGAAGUGGAGGAUGUGGUCAGAAAGCCUCAGGGACCUGCUUCAGCCUUCAGGGAGUUCGGAUGAGGCACAACGAAGCCACUGGCCUCUGCUCGGCCAUUCUUCCCUGCAGCUGUUUUUUUUUUUUUUGAGACAAUCUCG